UCUUACCUCAUUGGAUGACUUGACUACUCUGUGCAUUAGAAAAACAUGUAAGAAAUAUAUUAGUAUGCAAAAUUUAUCUGAGGAUGACGACCAGGACAUGUUUAUACUUGCAAGACCAAGUGCAUACAGUAUAUGAGGCAUUAGUAUGACAGAAAAGCAGGAGCACAUGGACGAGUUGGAAAGGUCCAAAAUAUGCUUGAGGUGUUCGCUGUAAUGAAGAAAUUGGAUUUUCGGCCAGAAUUAGACCUUCCCUGCAGUGGGAUGGAGAAAGACAACAGAGGGCAGGAGGACUCUUCAGCCCUAACGGCACCCUGGUCUUUUGUGGACACCAUGAACUAUGUGGGGCAGCUGGCAGGUCAGGUGCUGGUGACAGUGAAGGAGCUGUAUAAGGGCAUUAACCAGGCCACGCUGUCGGGCUGCAUCGAUGUGGUGGUGGUGCGGCAGAAGGACGGGACCUACCAGUGCUCUCCUUUUCACGUGCGCUUUGGAAAGCUUGGAGUGCUGCGCUCCAAAGAGAAAGUGAUUGACAUAGAAAUAAAUGGAGAGCCUGUGGAUCUGCAUAUGAAGCUAGGGGACAACGGAGAAGCUUUUUUCGUCCAGGAAAUUGAGGAGACCGUCCCAGCUCACCUGGCCACCUCCCCUAUCCCCACUGAAAGUCACAUGUUCUGGGUCGGGAGCGAAAGAGCUAUGAGUCAGGGCCUUGACAAUGAGGACCUCGAGGAGCCUCCUGAGCCCCCAGUUCCCAGUACAGGGACAGCCAAGAAGAAAAAGAGGCGGAGAAGGAAGCAUAAAGUGGACCCUCGGCGUGAAGAGCUGACUCCUCCCGCCUCUGUUGGUGCCUCUGCCAGCGCAGACGACAUCUUCGAAAUGGAUCUGAGCACUGAUGAAGAAGCCACUGCCAGCACACGAUCGUCUUCAAUUAGCACUUUAAAAGAGAUUGAACCUAAAGUAGCUGUUCGUCAUUCUCCGGAAAGCUAUCCUUUUUCUGAUGGAGACUGGUCACCUAAUGACAGUCAUGGGUUGUCUGAGCCAUUCUCCCCCAAGAGCGACUCUGAGCUGGUGAUUCGGCCCUCAGACAGCAUGCUGAAGAUGGAGUCUCACAUGCAGUGGACAUGGGGCGGGUUCCCAGAACCCACCAGGAUGGCCAAAAAAGACAAGACGGACCUGCCCAAGACUGUGACCAUAACUCAAUCAGAGAACACGCACUUCCGGGUGAUCCUGAGCUCCGAGGCCAUGGAGCCUGAGGCUGGUGUGAAAGACAUCCUGGAGCCUGCACCCAUAUGCACUGUUGUAAAGCCUGAGCCUCGAACUCCAGUUACCCCGAUCACCCCGCUAAUGUCUUCUGACUGUGUAACCACUUCCACACCCACAGAGCCCCAUACUGCUGCUGCUCCCUGCACUCAAGGUGGAGCCAUGGUGGAUGUCUGCCCAAAGACAGACUCUCCUUCUAAGAAGAAAGGAGUACCAAAGAGAAGUCAGCACCAGGGGCCCGAGGACAUCUACCUAGAUGAUUUGAGUGUGCUCGAGCCUGAUGUGGCCGCACGCUACUUUCCCAAGAGUGAUGUAGACGCCAAGCACUGGAUAGACUCAGGGAUGCGUUCGGGUUCUCAGUCCCCUCAGUCAGUGGGCAGUGCUGCGGCUGACAGCGGAACAGAAUGUCUGUCUGACUCGGCGUCUGACCUGCCCGACGUCACACUCUCUCUGUGUGGGGGGCUUAGUGAGAAUGCAGAGAUAUCCAAAGAGAGGUUUAUGGAGCAUAUCAUCACUUACAAUGAAUUUGCUGAGAAUCCAGCCAUUAUAGACAAUCCUAAUUUAGUGGUGAAAAUAGGGAACAGAUACUACAAUUGGACAUUAGCUGCACCGUUAAUUUUAAGCUUGCAGGCUUUCCAGAAGAAUUUGCCCAAGGCUACAGAGGAAGCCUGGGUUAAAGAAAGGAUGCCAAAGAAGCCCGGCCGCUGGUGGUUCUGGAGGAAAAGAGCAGACAGUACCAUCAAACAGUCUGAAAAUCUAGGAAAACUGGAGAUGAAGGAGGAGCAACUGAAAGAGGGAGAAGCCACCUUGGAAAACGAUCCCUGCAAAGUGGAGUCCAGAGAAUCGUCCAGCGAUGAGGAAGGAAAGGAGGUGAGUGCAGCAGCUGCCUCUCUGGAGCGCGUGUCUCUGACUGAGCCCCAACCCCAGACUCAACCUAGCACACUCUCCUACAGGAAGUCUCUGCGCCUGUCUUCCGAUCAGAUUGCCAAACUAAAGCUGAAGGAAGGGCCUAAUGAUGUCACCUUCAGCAUAACCACCCAGUACCAGGGCACAUGCCGCUGUGAUGGCACCAUCUACCUUUGGCACUGGAACGACAAGGUCAUCAUUUCUGACAUUGAUGGAACCAUUACAAAAUCAGACGUGUUUGGGCAGAUCCUGCCUCAACUGGGGAAGGACUGGACACACCAAGGCAUUGCAAAGCUUUACCACUCUGUAGCCGAGAAUGGCUAUAAGUUUCUGUAUUGUUCAGCGAGAGCUAUCGGCAUGGCCGAUAUGACUCGUGGUUAUCUGCAGUGGGUGAAUGACGGCGGCACUAUUCUCCCCCAGGGACCCCUCAUGCUUUCUCCCAGCAGCCUCUUCUCCGCAUUUCACAGAGAGGUGAUUGAGAAAAAGCCAGAGAUUUUCAAGAUAGAAUGUCUUACUGACAUCAAGAACUUGUUCCAGUCCAACAAACAUCCCUUUUAUGCUGCGUUCGGAAACAGGGCCAACGAUGUUUUUGCCUAUAAAGAGGUUGGUGUGCCCGUUUGCAGGAUCUUCACCGUCAACCCUAAAGGAGAGCUCAUUCAAGAGCAGACCAAAGGAAACAAAACCUCGUACAGCAGGCUGAGCGAAUUGGUGGAGCAUGUGUUUCCACUGAUGAACAAAGAACAGAGCUCGGCAUUCAGCUUUCCAGAGUUCAGCUCGUUUUGUUUCUGGAGGCAGCCCAUCCCUGCGAUCAACCCAGACGACUUGCUCUCAUAAGGCUCAGCAAGCUCUCCGUCACUGUCUGUCCACCAUCAUACGGACCAAAGUGAUUAUUCCUCGAAGGUAUUCAUUCCUGCUGUGGUGGUCCAGCGUAGGCUGGUGUUUACAGUCCUGUGGCCUCAGCGCUUACCAGUUACCGUGUGGGUACAAUGACACAGUGUGUGUGUGUGUGUGUGUUUAGUAGGAAACAGGAAAUUAGUCAUGUGGGAGAACAUGUAGGAUCAAAGAUCUAAUUAACAGAUAUUUAUUUACAAAUGCUAAUUUAUUUUGUUCUCUAAUAAAUAACUAUUUAGUGGUAAGUUAAUUCUAAUGACUAACAUGCACUGCCUCUAAUAUGCGGUAAAAGAAUUCCUGUCUGAUUGUGUGUCUGUGAUGAGAUUUGAUUAGACGCUCUCUUGAAUGCUGAUGCUGCUAUCAAAGUCAGCCUUGGCCGGUGGUUAAUCGCUCGCUGGUUUAUCGUUUCACAGCGCCUUCAGUCCGAUGGUGCAUUUAGGCGUGUAGUUCUGCUGGAAAAGCCCUGAGCCCCACUGAGCAAGGCUUCCAUCUGUUUUCCAGGUGUUUUCCACUCAUUAACAGUUUCAUUGUCUGGCUGCUUUCUAUAACGCCUUACCGAUCGCACUUUCAGCAGCAGCCAAGAGAGCGCCACGGAUCAGCUUGCAGUUAAUGAAGGGAUGGCCUUAUUGCUGGAAGCUUUUCAGUAGUCUUUUUUUGCAGGAACGCUUUAAAAGCUUUUUUCUUUUUUCAUCAUGAGACUAAAAAUAAGACUUGAGUGUUUUUGAACUGCACUGCAGGUAACUCACCCUCCUUAAUUUGUCUAAGCAAAGAAAUAGACCCGAGUUGCUAAUGGAUUUUGAUUUCCCAAGACGACUAGUCCUAAUGUGUUCUGAUUUGUAGCUUUAACCUUAGUUUAUUAGUAUAAAGCAGUUUUAGUUUUAAGAUUUAAGAAACCUUUAGGUCUAUAGAUAAAUAUAGGUAGUUUUUUUUUUUGUUUUGUUUUGUUUUGCACAGAAAGACGGCUUAUGAGCAUGGUCUGCAAUUUAAAACUCUGUAAUGCACAAAUUUCAGUGUUUUGGAAGAAACAGACAGGAGCUGUUUUUCAGAAGGAGUGUCCCUUAUUAUCUUCCUGGCUGAUGACUGACUGAUUAUUUUCCCUGGCCAAGUGAAGGAGCAUAUCCUUAUCAUGAAUAGUUAAUCUGCAAAUGCUGGUCUUUUCCUUUGUGUAACAGAAACAGUGUAAUUACAGUGUAUUAUUUGUCUCUAGUUUUUCCUUUUAAAUGAAGGCGUAGGUAGGCAUGCACACCGACUCGGAGCACAAUAGCAAGUAAUUUAUUUGCCAUAGAAUAUUUGCAUAAGGGAACAAUUGUUCAAUUGUUUGGGAGUUGUCUGGUUGUUUAAUUUGUUGAUGCACAAAUGUAUUAUCACAUUUGUAUUGUUUUUUUUUCUUGUCUUUAUGAAGUUAUGAAGUGUAAAAGUAUGAAAUCUGUCUGUUAAUGAUUAACAAAGUGAUCCCAUUCUUUCUAUGAAAGUAAUACCUCUUGUGUGGGAUGGACACACUCAUCUAUGGUUAUGAAAAAAAAAAAG